GGCAAAGUGCGCCCGUGUCCGAGCUGAGACAGAGGCAGAGCAAGUAGCUGGGAGCAGCAGAGCAGAGCAUCGGCUCCGGGUCAUGUUUGUGUUUUGUGCUCUGAGUUGAACUGCUCUUCCUCCUAUCCUGUGGUAUGUUUUUUCCCCGGACCAGAUGUCCCGGGGACACGCACUCUCACGGCCGCUGCGGAUGCCCACUUCACUCCCUGCUGAUGUAGUGCUGGUCAGGAGGCUGAAGUUGAAGUCUCGCUCCUGAAGGCGUGAAAUCCAGAUGCAUUCGCUCCUGGGCCGGAAGAAGAAAGAAGAAGAAGUCGGGUUUGGGUUCGAUCUGGGUCUGUCUCCGGGCUUUCUGCCCCAAGCUGCCACCAUGUUCAGCUGUGUGGGCUGCUUCUGGGUGCUCCUGUCCUCCGCUCUGGUCGCCGUCUGCAGUUUCAGCUUCAUCUCUCCCGCCUGGAUUGUUAAGGACCAGCUGAGGAACAGCCACCAGCACCAGAGCCACCACAACCACCACCACCACCACACCAGCGGCAAGGACUCCGUGAGCUUCGGCUUGCUGUGGCACUGCUCGGAGUCUCUGGAUCACAUGUACCGGUGCUACACCUUCGGAGGACUGGGCAAAUUCGCAGAGAUCCCCUCCAGCUCCUGGCAGACCAGCGCGGUGCUGUGUUCGGGAGGCUGCGCUCUGCUGGCUGUCAGCUCCCUGCUGGCCAUCAUCACCAUCUUCCUGCCCAGUGGAGGCUGCGAGAGGAGGAUCUGCACCCUGGCUGGAUACAUGCAGAUGGCUGCAGUGUUCAUCAUGGCUGCUGGACUGCUGGUUUACCCUUUCGGCCUGAACUCGUCGCUGGUCCGCUCGUUCUGCGGAGACUCUGACAUCUACUACGCGGGCGAGUGCCAGAUCGGCUGGGGCUACAUGCUGGCCAUAGUCGGAGUCAUGCUCACCGUCUUCUUGCCCUUUUUUGCUAAAUACGCACCGAAGGAGCAGCUGUCCCCGACCCCUUUGCCCACGCUGUUAUAGUUGUGUCCCCCGCCCCGCCCUGACCACUCCUGCUAACCUGGGCUUGAUGUCCUGCAUCGUGUUUUUUAUAAUACUUGGGAAGCCCCACUCAGUGAACCCUAGAGCUGACGCUACAACGGCAAAACACCGUCUUCCUGCAUCUGUUGUGUAAUUAUUUCCAGUUCUGUUAAUUAAAUGGAAUGUCUUAUGUUAUAGUAACGAUCAUGUCAUGAGUUUAUCUGUUUUCUUCUUGUAUGUUUUGGAGAUGGUGCAGUGGGAUGACACAAAGACUGAUAAACCUGAGAAAAUUACCACAAGCGCUUGCUAAAAAGUUAAGGGUUUUCCUGAGUUUUACGUUUUUUUCAUCGGAAAUAAUUCAACAUAUGUAACAUUCCAAACAGACUGGAAUUUGUCGGCACUUCGGGAAUGGGAGCAUGAUAUUAUGUGGCAGUGUGACUGACGAGAGAGUCAAAAUGAACAGUGGAAGAAAAUUCAUCUGACGCUACAGGAGUUGCAUCUGGGGCAUUUGGACUGUAAAUAUAGCGUGGAUUUAACAGAUGUUUGUGGUUUCAAAGCAUUGAUAAGAGAACUCUGACGAAGGUUUUUUUUGUCCUUCUGACUUUUUCUCUGAUCCAGAAACUGAACCAGUAAGAGUCAAAAGACAUUUUCAUUUAACUGUCGCAAAAAAAAAAAUAAAAAAAUAGGACGACAGAUACAGCAUCAGACCUGCCGAGAGGACAAAUGGAAAUCUGUCUCUUCUUUAACCAGGAAGUUGAUCAUAAUGAGUAGUAGUUUCAGAGCGGUGUUGUUAAAAAAAAAAAAGUUGCAGGGACACUGCAUCCCUCAGUCUUUUUUUCCAUGAUUUGUUUGUGUAAUGUAACUCGCUUAUUUUUCUGUCUGCAACACACAAUACUAACACUCUAAUUCAGGAAAAAAGGAUUGCAAAAGGCAGGGAGAUGUAGGAAUUUUGUCAAAAAAUGCAUAAUCAAAUGGGCUCAAAACAAUUGAUCUAGAUUUUAAACGAGAUCUGACCAACUUGUGCCUUUUAACAUAAUCAAGACAAGUGUUUAAUACAAACAUCAGGUAAUCAUCUUUUUUCUGCUGAAAACUGUGGACCCUGUUGUGUGAUGUGAUUUGUUUUUAAUUACAUUUUUUUUUUCCUCUCAGCGGUAAAGUGUUUUUCCUGUACUCGAUGCAGUAUGAUCUCAUUAACUUGAGGAAAUAUUCUGGAGGGAAAAAAAUGAUGUUUUUGAAUCCUUUGAGAUGUUGCCAGAGAGAUGGGGGGAAAAAAAGGAAAGCAAUGCGUUCAAUUAUGCCCUGAGACAUUUUUACCAAUUAUCUAAAAGAGACAAAUCACACAAAUUGCUCUACUUAAAAAGGUUGUGACAUGCAGCUAACACAGUGACUCCUUUGUCAUUUAGAAUAUGAGCGGUAGAGGAGAGAGAUGUACAAACUGAACCUAAGCUACUGAUGCAUUAUUGACAUAUGUGUAAAACAAGACCUUAGACUAAUUUGCUCCUCUUAGCUAAUGUGUUGGUGUGUUUUUGUCAACCCAUUCCUCCUUCUUAGCGCUGGCACCGUUCCUGUCACGUUCCAAGGACAAAAUGUCUGCGUCUCCACUUACUGUCCCUGUACACUGCCAAUCUCAUCAAGCUCGACCCUUUUCUAGUGGCUGUUUCUGUGCGUAUUCGUGUUUAAUAAUGGGUUGGAUUUUACUAAUGGGUUAAACUUUAAAUAAUUCCCAAAUUUGGGUUCCCAUAAUGACAUGUCCUGACAUUAACAAAAUGACUGGUUGCCAGAUUUGAAAGAAGAUCAGGAGAGAACUGUUGGUAUUGUAUUGGACCUCAUACUGUGCUUGUGUGGGAAUGACUGGCGUGACUGCACUCAACUUAUUCCCCUAUUUGUUGAACCAUCGUGUGUAAAGUCUCAGCACUGGUGAAACUGUUUUGGUAGUGUAGAACUAUUGUUUUUUUCCAUUGUGAUGUUUUACUGUAAAUAAACUAACUGUCCUUGAUAUCACA